GCCGAGACGUGCCGCGCCCCAUCGCGCCCCACCGCGCCGAUUCGCCCGCUCACCCAGCGCCCCCAGCUCGGGCCGAGCGGCCGGGACCGGACCACGCUGCCCGUUGAAAGGCAAGCUGUCCCUGGAACACAUGGGACCAGACUGGGAGCUGCCCGGAGGCUCCAAGGACCAAGAGGAGGAACGGGAAGGGGCCGGGGAGCAGGGUGGAGGGGACGGGCUGCCCCCCCCCAGCUCCCUCUGGGGCUCCUGGCGCCGGGACGUGAACCUGGACUGCAAGGGGGCCCCAGAAGGGGAGGCGGACAGAGCCUGGACCACCUACUACUACGACCUGCUGCAGAGCUGCCUGCAGCAGGCCGGGCUCCCCGAGACGGCCGACCACACGGCGCGGCCCCAACAAGGCUGCCCUGGGGCUGAGGUGACUCUCUGUGUCCUGGGGUCACCCAGUUCCUUCCUGUCAGUGCUGCUGGAAGGGGGGACCCAGAGCCCAGGAAACAUGCUGCUGUGCUUGUCCCCGGCCUGGCUGGCCAAGGCCCCGCUGGCUGGGCGGCCCGGGGAGUCGUCCUUACUGGUGGCCAAGGCCGUGGCCUUCCAUCGCGGGGGGCUCACGGUGCUGCAGGAGUUUGCCCCCCCACGUCGCGCCACCUACUUCCUGGCCAACUGGGGCCUGGGUGCGGGAAGCGGCCGGGAGGCGGGCGAGCUGGCGCGGGGGCUCGCGUGCCCUACGGGGGGCUCGGCCGAGCUGGCGCGGCUGCUGGAGGACCGGCUGCUGACCCGGCUGCUGCUGGCCCGGGGCGGCGGGCUCACCGUGCCCCCGACCCUGGCCUUCGCCUAUAAGCCGUCGGCCCCGCUUCAGGCCCCCGCCGGCGUCCCGGGCCUGCGCGUGGUGGAACUGAGCGGCAAGGAAGGGCAGGAGGGGCGGGUCCGGGAAGAGGUGGAGGCUUUCCUGCAGUCGGGGGCCCUGGGGGCGGCCUGCCAGGUGGCCGUGAAGCCGAGCGGUUGGCGCUGGCGUGGGGCCCGCGCUCUGAGCCUGCACCCGCGGGGAGAGCCCACCCCGGUGGUUCGUGCCGUGCUGCUGCUCCUGGAGAGGCUGGAAGAGGAAGAGAGCGUCCUGGUGGAGGCCGUUUGCCCCCCGGCCCGGCCCCUGCGCCCCGCCGGCCCGGAAGACCCCGACCCCGCCGCAGGCCGCUCCCGCCCGGACCCAGACCUGGCCCUCCGCAUCUGCACCGUGGUCUGCCGGACCCAGGGAGACCGGCCACUCCUCAGCCAGGUGGUGUGUGGUGUGGGCCGGGCGGACCGGCCGCUGCGGCAUCAGGUGACCCUGCCCCAGACGCUGGAGCUGGCGCUGGCCCAGUGUGGACUGAGCGAGCCCGGGGUCGCGGACGCACUGAGGAGGCAGUUGGCGGCGGCCGCGGAGGCGGCGCUGAGCGCCGUCCUGGACAUGGAAUCCACGCUGACCUCGGAGCAGCGGGGAGGGCCCCACGCCCAGACGGAUUUCAUCUGUGCGGACUUCGCGCUGACCGCCGUGGGCCAGAGGCUGACCCUGGCGGCCCUGGAGCUGAACGGCUGCCUGUGCCUGGAAGCGUGCGGGGUCCUGGAGGGGCCGCAGGCCGGGCCCGGGGCGGAGGGGGCGGCCGGACCGCUGGUGGAGACGAUGCUGCGACGCUCGGCACGCUGUCUCAUGGAGGGCAAACACCUGCUCAUCAUCGGGGCCGGUGGGGUCGGCAAGAAGUUCGUGUGGGAGGCAGCCAGGGACUACGGGCUCAAGCUGCACCUGGUGGAGUCGGACCCCAACCACUUCGCGUCGCAGUUGGUGCAGACCUUCCUCCACUUUGACGUGACGGAGCACCGGCACGACGAGGAGCACGCGCGCCAGCUGGCGGAGCUGGUACGGGCCCGUGGGCUGCGGCUGGACGGCUGCCUCUCCUACUGGGACGACUGCCUGGUGCUCACGGCGCUGCUCUGCCAGGAGCUGGGCCUGCGCUGCAGCCCGCCCGCGGCCAUGCGCCUGGCCAAGCAGAAGAGCCGCACGCAGCUGCAUCUCCUGCGCUGCCGCGGCCCCCGCUGGCCCGGCCCCGCCCUGUACGCCGUGCCCUGCUGCCCGCUGCAGAGCCCGGCCGACGUGGAGCGGGCGGCCCGCCUGGUGCCCCUGCCGGGCGUCAUGAAGCUGGAGUUCGGGGCCGGGGCGGUGGGCGUGCGGCUGGUGGAGGACGGCCCCCAGUGCCAGGCCCACUUCGGCAAGAUCGCCCGCGACCUGCGGGGCGAGGCCGACCACCCGGGCAUCGGGCUGGGCUGGGGCAACGCCAUGCUCCUCAUGGAGUACGUGGCGGGCACGGAGCACGACGUGGACCUGAUCCUGUUCGGGGGCCGGCUGCUGGGCGCCUUCGUCUCGGACAACGGCCCCACGCGCCUGCCCGGCUUCACCGAGACGGCCGCCCGCAUGCCCACGGGCCUGGCGCCCGAGCAGGAGGCGCAGCUGGUGCGGGCCGCCCACCAGUGCUGCCUGGGCUGCGGGCUGCUCGACGGCGUCUUCAACGUGGAGCUCAAGCUGACGGCCACGGGGCCGCGCCUCCUGGAGAUCAACCCGCGCAUGGGCGGCUUCUACCUGCGCGACUGGAUCCAGGAGCUCUACGGCGUCGACCUCUUCCUGGCUGCCGCCAUGGUGGCCUGCGGCCUGGCGCCCGCCCUGCCCGCCCGGCCCCGCGCCCGCGCCCACCUGGUGGGCGUCAUGUGCGUGGUGUCCCAGCACCUGCAGGCCCUGAGGACCGCCGCCAGCCGCGAGGCCCUGCAGGCGCUGCAGGCGCGAGGCCUGAUCCGCCUCAACCUGCUGGAGGAGGAGCUGGUGCCCGGGGAGUACGAGGAGCCCUACUGCAGCCUGGCCUGCGCCGGCGCCAGCGCCCACGAGGCCCGCCAGCGCCUCCUCGGCCUCUGCCAGGGCCUGGGCAUCGACUCCCCCGACUACCCCGUGGCCCACUUCCUGUCGCACUUCAAAUAGCGGCGGGGGAGGGGGCGGGUGGGGAGGGCCGGGCGGGGC